AAAUAAGAGCAUGGCAUUUUUUCAUUUCAAAUUGAUGUUAUAGAACAUUUUCGCGCUGAUUAAGCGAAGCAGAGUUCUGGCUUACUAACAGAUGGUUUGGGUUUUUUUAUCGGCAGAACAAUAAUCAUCUGUAAUUUGACAGCUCGAUGCACUGCCCGAUGAAAACAGCAUGGCGAACUGACUUGGUUUUAAAUCGCAUCGUUUGUCUAGUUUUCAGACUGUCUUGAAAAGAAUGUGCGUGCAAUUUGACAUUAAACAAGUUUAAACACAAGCACAAGUUUGUCAGUAUCGCAAGCAAUUUUUAAAACGUGCCAUCUAAUUCCUGGUCGGAUGACAGUCACGUGAAAAUUCGAGCCCUUCCCAGUUUUGUCAUGCAACCGUUAAUAGACUACCACGUAAUUAAAAAGUAACCAGUACCUCUACCCAUCUAUCGAAAGCAGUUUGUUAAUAGUUCAGUCAAAAACGCAACAACUGUUUGUAACAUAUUUAAAUGUCAGUUUCAAACCGAUCCUCGUUACUCUCCGAGUGUGAAUAUGUACAAUAACGACGUUAGCGUAAUUUGAACUCUAGUAUUCUAAUUGUGGAAUCAACGAUCUUCUAUAAAAUGGUGAGAGUGAUUCCAGUUCACAAUUUUCUGGGUCAGAAUGUAGCAUCAAUAGAAGAGCCGACAGCUACAUGCAUUGCGAAUGAUUUUCAUAGAGAAUUAUUGUUAAUCGCACUACCGAGCCACUGCGUUCAGGUUCACGAUCUCAAAUCAUUCGAUCUAAAACUACUCACGUUUUUCCCCACUGUUGAUUUGGUUGGGCAAAUUCUUCAUUGUGCAACUGGUGAUUAUGUUGCUACUGUGGAAUCUAAAGUAUCUAGAGAUGGAUUAACUACGAGCACGUUUGUCAGGGUCUACAUCAACUGGGCCUUAGUGGAAAGCCAAGGCCAUGCCAUGCGAGCGAGGAUAGCUGGCAGAGUAACACCUAGCCUAAAUCGUCCUAUGAACAGUUUGGAAAUGAUAGAAUUGCCUUUGAAUGGUCAGCCGACCGUGAUAGCUUGUUGUCAGAGCACUGGCAACUUACUCGUGGCUACUGGCUGUAGCGCCAUUCUCCAUGAAUUCAAGCUAGAGACACAGCAAACAUCAAAAUUAAAAUUUAUAGAUUUUGAGGCCAGGCCAUGGUCAUUAGGAUUUAGUUUCUCACCCACACGAAUGGAAAUUGCCGAGGAUUUCAUCUGUAUUUUGAACUCAACUCAUUUUCUUGCUUUUCGACUUACCAAUCCUAUGUAUGAUGACAUAGAUCAACUGAGCUCAACAGCAUCUACCAACUCGUCUUCUAUGGAUAAGACUUCGGUAUCUACAAAUUAUUCUUCACUAGAUAAAACUGAAAAGUCCUCUAGCUCUGGGAGGCAGGAAUCACCUCGUUCGAUGGAAAAUUUGAAUACAAAGUUGACAACUUUCAAGGGGCAGGAACAAGUUAGUGAUUCACAUAGUUUGUCACCUGGUGAUGCUCGACUCAGACUAUCCAGUCGAGAUGGAACAAGGGGAAAUGCGGAUCAAGAUUUGAACAGCAAUCGCAUGCUACGAUCAAAACUGGGUCCCAAUAAGUUGCGCUCAAAGAUUAUCUCCAAUCCAUACAUAGACUGGGAACGAUUGGUCUGCAAUGAGCAUAAUGAAUUACAAAGACUAGCAUCACGUGGUAUUGUUGAAACAAAUUCACUUCCAUUUACCAUAAAUUUACCAUCUAUAAGCUUGGAAAGAGCCAGUCCUGGACAUACAUUGAAUCCUUUCAUUUUAAACCCAAGCAAUAUGGAUGUUGUAAUAAAAACAACCUCUCCAGAUGAUGGAUGGUCAGAGAAUUAUGCCAUUAAGAAUUUAUUACGUAUAAAAAUCUCAAACCCAACAAAAGAUGCAAACUAUGAUGGGGUGACAGAAAUAUUUACGUGUUUAGAACUCAAACCGCUAUAUUUGAAAAAAGAAUGCAAUAAUCUAUGUUUGAAAAAAUCUAUACUUAGGUCUGACAAAUUUAAACAUCUCCACGGUAUUACUUGCAUUAUCUGCACUACACAGGAAGGCUACGUGUAUCAUUUUCCCGCUACAAAUUCUGAGGAAUCGAAUCCAACUUGUCUGACUACUUAUCCAUUUACAGCACCUGUUCGUCAUAUUGCCCUGGAGAACACAGUCCUUCACGCACUUACUGAAGCUGGACUUGAGUCUUACACCUUACGUGUAUCUCAUCACAUAGCUAAAAGUUUGAAUUACAUUGAUAAUUACAAGAUCUCAUGUCCCAGUAUCUCUGAACCAGUUUGCCUCAUCGGUUUGCGCCCAUUCCUAGGUAUGCAAAACUUAUUGAGUUCUGCAAGUUGCCUCGUACUAUUAGCUAGGGCAGAAAACUCUUGGACAUUAUAUUCCCUGGCCUUGCCCAGUCCUGAGACAUUGUACUUAGAUUUUUUAAACACUGCAAAGAAUCAUAAAAGUUCUAGUCCAAAUACGUACAGACAUCUACUUGGGGAAGCGCAUACCAUAUUGAGACUUUGUAAUGAAGUUAAACGAUGCUCCGGAUUGAACGAUUAUCGGGAAGUUCCUGAUUCCAAACUGGAAAAUUUGUAUAGUCAAUCUUGCGCAUUAUUGGGGGAUUAUUACAUUAAUUCUGAAAUAGAAAAUGAAUGGGACUUGAGUAUUCCUUACUACAAAAUGUCAAAGUUAAAAGCUGCUGAUGUUUUAUCAAGGAAGUCUGUUGCCAAUGCUCCUGGUUUGAUAAGAUUUCUCACAGAAACUUUGGCAAAUACUAGAAGUGGACCGGAUGCUGAUGCUCUAUUUCAAAGUCAUAACGUAGUUGAUAUACUGAGCUCAGAGAACAUUGAAGAUUUGUCAAAUUUGAUACUGAGAAGUUCUGUACUAAGAGAAUACGCCACAGAUAAAUUAAUAAAUUUACUAUCAGCAGAGUCAUUGAGUGACUGUACCAGAUUGGCUUCUGUUCUUUUAUAUCUGCAAUCGGAAAAACAAGAACAGGCUAGGAGAUUGUUGGAACCGAUAUCGGAAAUAUUUGUUGAGAAAACUGUUCUGGAGCAUUGGCAUCUACUGUUUGAUUCUACGGCUUUGAAAAAGCGAAGCCGAGCUGUACCAACUUUUUCAGAAUUCUCUGGUCAUUUAAUGCAGCAAAAGAUACGAAUAUUCUCAGGAAUUUUAACUCAACUCAUAGAAGAUGGCAUUCUGAGUUUGCAUCAAGUUAUUCAAGUAUUUUUAGAGUAUUUACCAUCUCGAGUUGGCAGAGAUGGCCACGAUGCAGCAGCGGCAUUACAAUUGUUUAUCGAAACAUACUUUCAAAAUUACUUUGGUUCAAACUCCCAUGAUCAAUCCAGUUGUUCUACCAACGAAUCUAGCACCAACUUUGCAACAGCAGAAGCCUUCAAAAUCCUUGUCAGAUCGUAUCUAGGAAAUCUGACACAAUCAAAAGUUUACAAAACUGUACGAAAUGUGAAAGAUUUUAAUGAAAAUGACGAGGAGAUUUAUCUGUUCGCUAAUUAUCGACCAUUGUAUCUCAACAAAUUGCCUCCAUAUUCAACGGAUUGUAAAAAAGUAUUGAACCUCGAGGAACCAAAGAAUGCAUCAGAGAUAUUAAAACCAAUUAGGAGCGAAGUACCAAAACUACAAGCAUUGCUGGCCAGCGGAUAUUUACCCAUAGAAUGUGUAAGAGAAGUCAAACAAUUUUUAGACAGUCAGGAAAUUGAAGGAAGCUUGGCAUUCAAGACACUAUGCAUAUCUGAUACAGAAAUAGUUACUCGAAUGCUCAUGGCAGAAUGUCCACACGCUGUACUACAAUUUGCAAAGGAUAAAUACAGUAGAGAAACAGAGUGGAAAUGUUUGAUUCAAUUACUCCAAAAUGAGAUCUCAAUGUUAGAUGAAGGUCAAGAACCUGAGCAGUGCUUCUUUGAUCAGAUCAUGAAAGAAACUCUAACAUAUUUAGCACAAACCCUACCAUUGGAUGAGUUAUGUAGAGUUUUACCUAAAGAAGAUGAAGCAGCGUAUCGACGAUACACGGAUGCUUGUCGACGAGCUGGUCAUGCAGAUCAUGUUAAAUCUCUGAUCGUUGCAACAGGCCAUCAAUUAUUAGCCACGUUAAAUCUUUAGACGCAUAAUUUACAAGUAUUUGAUUGAGACUCAAUAAAAUAUUUGGAAUCUUUUUUAGCAAUAGAAAAUUUUUUGUAUGCUCGUAUUGAUUCCUGGUUUAAUUAUUCUAGACUAUUUUGCAUUGUCAUUGUGUACAAAAUUUGAUUUCGCAACUUUGUCGCACAGCUUUUAAGUACAAAAUCUACCAGUUUGACGUUCGACUAUACAUUACAAAGGUUUCAGAGUCAUAAAUAUUAUUGGCUGUAUCAUCCAACGGUAUGAUUAGUUUUUGAAUUGAACCUAGGUUUCAAUUUAUACAUCUCUUGUGCUAGUCAUUCUUGAUAUUAGAAAAAUUGACGUAUAAGAAUCACGUUAUUUGGGCAAGAUAACGAUAUUAAUAAUUUCAGAUUAAUAAUGAUGAUAACAAUAAUUAAUAAUAAUAACUUUGAUAAUAAUGUCACGGUAUAAUGAGGUGAUAUACACGUUUUAUGCCAAAGUACUUGUAAGAGUGAAUGAUAUAGAUACACGUUAUACCUUAUCCCAAUUUACUACCAAGUCACGAUUGAUAUUAAUUAUAAUAACUCAUUUUAGUCACGGUUGAUAAUUUUGUUCAAAUUUAUUUUAUAAAUCUGUUUUUGAUGAAUAUAAAUGCUAACCGAUGGAUUGAAGUUAAAGAGAUUUAAAAAUUAUAAAAAUUAUUAUAGUUGAAUGAAUAUAGAAUAUAGUAUAUAACUUUUAAGGGACUGUUGAAUGUUUUUAUAUAUUAUAAUUAGAGAAUUUGAAAUUAAAGGGCUAAGAAAUUUUUAAGGCGUUCUGUUCCUAGAGGGUAUUUGACGUAACAAUCAACUGUGUAAUUAUCGUUCACCAACAAAUUACACUAACUAUGAAAUGGUCCAAGUCCUUGAUCGAGACUGAGUUAUUUUUUUUUCUUCUCAACUCCUGUUAUUGUGAGAUAUAAGUAGCGUUCACUUUGUUCACUGGAUUGAAAUAAUGUUGUCAUAAAAAUGUUGGUAUAUUCGAAUAUAGUCACGUAACCGAAAUUAGGUAAUAACUCAUCAAUAAAUUUAGAUUACGCUAAUUAUCUCAUAUGGAUAUCACACAACGCUUUAGAAAUUAUAAACAGUCUUGAUGUGCCUUUAGGAUCUGUCUCUCGUCGUUAAACUACUCAUGUAUAUGAAUUUAGAAGAAAAAAAAUAUUCGGUAGACAUCGAUAAAUUAAUAUGACGAAAGUACUUGAAAUUUUAAAAACACAUAUUAUAUAUAUAUAUAAAUCGCUGUCUGUACAUGAACAUUUAAUAAAACGUAUCAAUGUUAUCAACA